AUGCUGGACAUUCACUAUUUCAAUACAAAUGUGGCAGUCUACUAUAUAUGUUAUAUCGCUUUGGUGUGGAUCAUAUUCUGGUACACAAUUUACCUAAUAACAGGAUUCCAUCUACAAACAAUCACAAUCAAUAAUGGUUUAUCAUUUAAUGGAAUUUCCCUAACUACAAAAAGGGCGAAAAUCAAGAUCCGAUCCUUUAGGUUGCGAUUGUGGGGUAACACCAAAAUGACCAUCAUUGACGAUCUAACAGUUCAAUUACUCCCGCAGAUCAAUAGUCAUCAAGGGAAGACAUAUCCCAACAAUACAAAGAGUCAUGAACAGUCUAACAAUAUAAAAGAGGAGCAUAGAGAAACAAAAGAGGAAGAAGAAGAACAAGACGAAGUGGCAGAGGAAGAAAAAGAUAGAAGUGAUGGGUUGGAAAACAAAAAAUCCAAUUAUAAUCGGGACUCACAUAUCAGCAUAUACCCUCAGAACAAGAUCUUGAAAAGGCUAACGACCUAUAUUGUUAAACACUUUCCAGCAAUUGAUGUGGAGUUACGAAAUACAGUUAUAGUGUCUGCACUAGGCUUUAAAACCUCAAUCAGAUACACAAAGUUCAAUACGAAUUCACGUGGAAGCAAACGACAUGAAGAAAAAAUCAAGAUCAAGACCAACUUAUUGGUAAAUGAAGUAGUGCAUCAAAUUAAACCUCAUGACGAGAUCUUGACACCAUAUUCUUUAAACUCAUUUAUGCUUAAUAUCAAAUUUCUGGUCGAUAACGAUACAGGGAUCAUUGAUUGUCUAGUUGGAAAAGUAAAUAUUGCGGAUUCCAAUAUCCUGGUCUUCAACGCAAUAAAGUACUAUAUUCUUCAUGACGAACUUAAACAAGAAAAAAACGACAAAUCACCAAAAUCUUCGGAUGUGGUAGAGCAAGAACUAGAACUAGAACCAGAACUAGAACCAGAACCAGAAUCAGAAUCAGAGUCAAAAAAGCCUAAUGGAAAGAAGCCUUCACUAUACACGAAUAAGGACAAGAAAAGAAAAAAGAGUUUUCAUGUCAUUGGCAAGACCCUAAAAAUCUUAUACCACCUUAUUUCAGACAUUACAAUACAUGUCGAGAAUUCCAAAAUAUCGGAUAUACCAUUUGUAUUGAUUGAUGACAAUAUGAGUGUACGUGAUUACUACAACGAAGUGCGUCCAAAAUCAUCGUUGGAGUUUUAUGCCAAAUCGGUAUCCUACAAUAUCACUAGAAUAUAUGACGAUGCUGCUGGCUUUGAGGUUUUGUUUAAUCCCAAAACUGACAAUCCGUUCCACCUGACAUGCACAAUACAAUUGAUUAAGCUUUAUUUCAUUAAAAGAGUCAAAUUGUCAACUGGUCAUUUUGGCCUGGAAUCAGACGAGGUUUUGAAUAUUCCAAAUUGCUCAUUCACCCACAAGACCAAUUUGUUGGGCCAGAUUGUUAAGGCAAAAGGAUUUGAAAAUUGUGUAAUGGAACUCUAUUUUUCAACAAGCACACCUAUUUUUGAUAUUGAUGCUAAGCAAUUGAGUGCAAUUUUGUAUAAUAUUGUUUUAUUGAGGAAAUGGAGCAAAUUAAGAAGAUUGAGAAAGUUUUUGUUAGGUAAGGGUGCCAACAAUAAGACUGAAUUGGGCGAGCCUGAAAGUGGUGGCGCAAGUAAAGAUAAUGGUGGUCAUAACGAUGCCAAUAUGGAUGACCACAACACAGAGAUUGAAUCAUUAAAGUCCCAAUUGUGGCACUAUGCCAAUGAGUAUUAUCCUAAAUUGGACAUCAAAUUUGUCAUUGAACAACCAAGAUUUAUCCUUAGACAUUAUGAAGAAGGUAAAAAGACACAAAUCUUGAGCUUCUCAUACUCAUUGCUAAAUUUCAACUUGUCCACAACGGAGUCUAGAGAUUAUGCCUCGACUUUUUCAAUCUUGUAUCCAAGCAUAUUAUAUCAUGAGAAAUCUGCUUUGGACGCAACAAAGUUUAACAACGAAAUAGUCAAGAAAAAUAUUGCUAAAUUGGACUACUUGAACAUCAAACUAGACAUUUUCAAAAAUUUAACUGUUAAGGCGAGUGUGGAAUUAAACACAGUCAAUGUUAAUUUAACUAGCUUGGAAAUUUUCAGAGGUAUACAUUGGCUUUUGCUCGAUGUAACUAAACUAUCAGAAACUGAUUUGCUGAUUGGUACAAUCAACAAAGCAUUCAAUGAUGAAAUCGAUGUACUACGAAGAGAACUAAGGAGCUCGAAUAUCAAAACAGGCAGUUUUUCUGCAGAUGCAUCCACAUUGGAGCAAAAAAUAUUCAGAGCCUUGCCAUCAUGGUUUGAACAAUUGGAUUUAAAAAUUUUGUCUGUGAACAUUUUUCUAGGUGCAAGGUCAGUGUUGAUUCCAACGAAGGAUUUAUUUCAUUCAGACUCACCAAACUUUGAAUACGAUACAGAUGACAAUAAGGAUCUUCGAAAACUUAAUGUUAAACUCAAACUGUUUUCUGUAACAAUUUCAAAUAAUCAAUUGCUGAGCUUUGCUGAACCACAAAGUCCUAACUCGUCGAUACUGAAUUCAUUAGAAUCUCAGGACUUGCUGGCGUCACUGGAAACUUUAACCUCUUUACAAGACACUUCUUAUUGGUCGGUAAUUACAAAGUUGGAGCAACUCAAUAUUUUUAUGCCCGAUGACAACAGUACGAAAUUGUCUGCAUCUGAGCUGUUUAUUGAUAUCCCGUCCUUUACUGGUACUAUUGAUUCAUUGAGCGACUACUAUUGUCAGAACAAACUUUUGACUGCAUUCACCAUGGAUGAGGUGGAUAUUAACUACAAUACGUUCAAAUUGUUUACCCUUAUUGGUUCGGUAUAUUUGAUACGUGAAUUUAUCGUAUCACCCAUAUCAAUGAUAAAGCUGAAACUUCGAAAAGACAUGAGCAAGUUUGAAGAAGAGGCACAAGGACAAGACAAAGCAACUAUACCACCACCCUUGCUACCACCAUCACAAGAACAAGAACAACAACAACAACAACAACAACAACAACAACAACAAAGAGCAUCCGCAAUAAAUCCUGAUGUGGAUUUUGGUGCAAAAUCUCUAGUUGAUUUAUUGAUUGUCAAAGUUUUACUCAAAACAAUGAAUUGUCGCUUGAAGUUGUCCGAGGACUUUAUGCUCAAAUUUCAACUAUCAAAUAUGCUGAUUGAGCUCAAGAACAAAUUUGCUAAGCUAUCAUUGUAUUUUGUACGCUUGCUUGCCAACUCACCAACAAUCGAAAAGAAAUGGUGUAGACUUAUGUGUAUGGACUCAUUAAACCUUAGUGCACAAAUUCCCAAAUCAAUUGAGGAUUUAAUAAUUGACAUCCACACCACAGCAAUCAGGUUAGUACAACCCCACAAAUUUAUUGUAUACGAAUUGUUCCAAAACAUUUCGAUUACACUUAAAACUGCCAAGCACCUUGUCAAAUUACUUAAAGCUGGUAACGACAAGAAGGACGCACACAUAGUGCAUCCCCACCAACAAAAGGCUAUUCCAUUGCCCAAAAUCAAUAUAAAGUCAAACCAUUUGAAGUUUACAAUGGAAGAUGACCCAUUUGAGACCGAUUUGAAUAUGAUUUACCAAUUGGGCAAAGUGGAGCAGAGGAAGAGGAUUGAAUUGUAUGAUAUUUUUGAUGCAAGAGAAAAGCAGCAACACGGCGAUAGUAAAGAUUAUUUUGCAAAACUAAACAGGCUUAACGAAACCAUUUCAAAUCUGUGGAUUAGAAAAGUGAAUACAUACCAGCUGCAACUACGCCAGGAGGUGGCAAAGCACAAAGUUUAUUUGUUUGGAAACGAAUCUUAUUUUGACAGAGAGUUCAAUAAAGAUGUUGUCGCAUAUCCUUACCAUGCUCCAUUGUUGACUAUAGGCUUUGAAAAUUUUGAUUUGCAAAUACGCAAACCAGAAUUUGGAAUAAACCAUGUUGCCGAUUUUAUUCAUGAUAUGGGUCAAGGAGUUCCCAAAGAUACAGCUUAUUCCUUGUUGGUUCCAAUGUUUUUGGACUUGAGGGUUGCCGAAAUGCGAAUGCAACUCUGUGACUAUCCACUUCCUAUCUUGCACUCGCCGAGGAAUAAGAAUGCUAACGUGCCAAGUUUAAUUAUGGCUGGCCAUUUGGUUAUUAGUGAAAACAUGGUUACCGCGCCUGAGAAUUUGCGGAAGAUUACAGUGCCACUAGUGUCUGUAGAUGAAAACGAGUUGAACAGAUUCGACUCAUUAAUAGUGGAAAAGACUCUUUCGAGUGUCAAAAUGUACACCAAUUUGAGGUGUACUUUCAAUUCUGAUUACCCAACUAGAAUAGUUUGGGGUACUUCAUACCAAUUUGGUAUUCAACAGUUUAUGCUUAAUUUUGAUCAAUUUUCUAAACCACCGGUUGACCCAUCACCCAAACUUGGCUUUUGGGAUAAGCUCAAGUAUAUACUUCAUGGAACUUGCUCAAUUAAAACUCGGACAAGCCUUGAAGUUGGGUUUAAAGGUUCUCGAGACCCAUAUGACUUAUUGGGGACGGCGACUGGGUUUAUAUUGUGUUUCAAGAAUGAUGUUAAUUGGGAUAUUAAUAAGGACGACGAUUCAAGAAAUUUUUUUGACAUUACAGCAAAGAAAGUUUCGUGGUAUAUACCAAAUUAUUUGGGCGCGCCAUUAUUGGUUUGGACUAGAAAUAGCAACGACUCUGUAUAUCUUCCGGACUCACCGAAAUUUAUCAGCUCGUGCUUUGCCUAUUAUCUAGAUGAUUCAUUAACAAAGCCCGAUUUAGACUUGCUAAACAAAGUUUUUGCCAAGGAUGUGAUCACCUUGAGUGGGGGCAUCAAGUUUCGUGUUGGGUUUUUGUUGCAACGCAAAGUUGAUGGCAAAAGGGUGGAGAGUUUUAUACCUCAUUACGAUGUCGAGCUCAUGAAUCCGGAUUAUUGCGAUAAAAAGGGGCACGAUUCAUAUAAAGGCUUUCGCAGUGAAUAUAUUCACAUGGCUAUCUCGUUAACAGCAGAUCAUCAGAAUACUUACAAUACCAUCCACUUGAGUCCUGGGGCAUUUUCACAAUUUUUUGCAUGGUGGAAACUAUUUGCUAGCAAUAUGAUGUUACCGAUACGUAGGGGACCUUUGUUUGGCGAAGCUCAAAACUCUGUCAAGUUCUCCCAACACUUGUUCACCAACAAGUUUUCCUUCUAUUUAAAAUCUUUGUUUAUAUCUCACAUUUAUCGUGAUGAGAUUGUUGAUGUUGAAGAAGAUAGAGUAGAAUGUGUUGGUUUGAGGGCCAAGGUUGAAGAAUUUUCGGUGGAUUUGCACCAGAGAAAGCAGCCAGUCACCUUGUAUCACGAGGCUUUGUCAAAAAGCACCAAGGUGAUGAAGAUGGUUUUCAAUGUUGGUGAAGUUUCACUUACUGGAAUAGAUAUGCGUGUUGUUCGAACUUCGUUUCUUGACAAUUUCUACACCCAUGGUCAUAAAAAUUAUGACGACUCCAAAUCGACUUAUGAUAUUUUCGGUGAUGACCGUAGAUGGUUUGAUAUUCAGGACUACGAAGAAGCAUUUCUACCAUCUGUGAGAAAGUGUCCUAGAACUGUAAAGAUUUACCCUUUGAUGUAUUCGCAUAAAUUUACAUAUAUGCGGGAUACUGAGAAUGAUGCUAAACUGAAUGAAGAGGAUGACGAAUUUGGAAAUGAAGAUAUACACAAUUGUCGUCUCAACAGUUCCAAUCCCGUUGACGUGAGACUAGACAUCUUGAAAGAUAGGCUCAUUGGCCUUGAGCAACAAAUAACAAGACUCAAAAAACAAGCCAAGAAUGUUUCACAUCUUAUGGAGCGAGUAAAGUUUUUAAAAGAUGAGAUUGAUGGCGUUUCAAGGGAAAGAAGAGUUAUUUUUCAAAGAAGUUCAACUAAUGCCACGAUGCAGACUCAAGAGCAUUUCCAUAACAAAUUUACAUGGUUGAGCAUGUUAUUGAAGUGGAACGUCACUUGUCGUGAUUUGGUUUUGAAAUAUGUUCAUUUUGUGCAACUCAAGUCGGCUUUGCGAAAAUAUCUAUCUCACGAGUCUAUUACAAUGUUGGAAAAAGUUAUUGAUCGUGCUAAUGACGCCAUUGAUGGUGUAAAUAGUGAAGACGGAGAGGAAGAAGCAUAUGAAGGUGAUGGCAAAGAAAAUACUAAUAAUAAAGACCAAGGAGGCGAAAACGAUGUAUCAUCAGAAGCCACUACAACUGAUCAAGCAAUAAACAAUGGUAAUUCUUUUAUCUUUAAACCAAAAACCAGAUCAAACGAUAUGAAUUCAAAAGAAAGACUUUUAAAUUUCAAUCGAAUUUUGAAGGAAGUCAACAAAUCUGAAGUGCUUUCUGAAGAUUACCUCAUUGAGAUUGUUGCGCCUCAGAUCCAGUUGCAGAGUGACGAAUCUCCAGAUUCGGUUGUUUUAAUAUCGGCACCAAGCAUUAGUAGCAGAAUUGUUUCAACCAAGGAUUCAGAAGAUGAUUCUAAUGCGGAUGUUUUGGAAACAAGAUAUGGAAAUGUUCUACGAGAUGCCAAUGUUUUUGUGUUGAAUAAAAAAGAAGUACUUGCAUCUGAUAAAUUUAUCACGAUGAGAAACCCAUAUGGUGCAAAAUCCAACUGGCCACCUUGGCUUGGUGCUGAAAUAACACACCAUGGUGAAUGGGCUGGUGAUAACCAGCUCUUGAUCAAAAAUUUGUCGGUGAUGGUAUUGUUUUACAACACUGAAGUUAUGGGUUCGCAAAAGUCAUCGGUGACGAAUAAUCAGUCAUCGCGCACAAGCUUACGCUCGUCUAAUGCUACGACUGGGAAAGAAGUUGAGGCACCAAAGAGAUUACAAGUUGAUGCUCCUUCGUUGGUGCUAACAUCUACUUCUUCACAAUAUUUUACUCUUUACGUGAUUGUUAUAAGUCUAUUGUUCUAUAGCGAGCCCAUGAGUAAGUUUAUCAAGGAUAAGCUAGAAAAGAUGAAAUUUUCGAUGGAUUUUGAAAACUUGGAGGCUAUGUCAGCAAAGAUCAAGCAGAUGCAAGCCUAUUACCACGUGUUACGUCAAAUGACGACAAACUAUAGUUUUAGAGACGAGCAUUUAAAAAAUGAAGAUUUGAACGAUUAUUUGCAGAUUAAUCUUGAGAGCGCCGAUGUUGCAAGUGACGUUUAUUUGAUGCUCAAGACUUUGUUGACUGGUGAAUUUUAUGAGGAUACAUCCAAUGCUGCGCAAAUGUCAUGGUUGAUUCGGGCUGAUGAGGUAAUCUUGCACAUAUUGGAGGAUAACCGGGAACCAAUUUUAGAUUUGGCAUUGGCAAAUGGAGUUUAUGAGAGAAAAGAGCUUGAAAGUGGCUCCAACAUGAACCGGAUCCAAAUUAAAAUGUUGCAGGGGUUCAACUUAAUCAAGGAUGCAAAGUUUCCCGAUUUCCUUAAUCCGUUUGAAAUCAACAAGAAUGACAACCUGAUUGACAACAUGAUUGAUUUGGAAUGGACAAUGAAUCGAGCAGUUGGUGGGAUCCAAAUUGUUGAGGAUAUCCGGAUAAAAGCGUUGCCAUUGGAGGUUAAGAUUGAUGAAGUCACUGGAGAAAAACUUUUGAAAUUUAUAUUUCAAACGGACUCCACCGAUCUCAGACAUAGCAAAGUUAUGAUGAUUACGAAUAGCACAGAGGCAAAGAAGGAAGAAUUGCAUCAAAAUGAUUUUGAUCAUAAUGACGACGAGUUUGGGUUUAUGGUUGAAACAGUUGGAGCAAAUAAGAGCCAGGAGUACAACAAGCAUCUCCAGCACGAACGAAGCACAUUAAGUUCAAGAAGUAACAACACUCAUAGCAAAAGAAAGAACUUGGCCAGGAUCUCAGACAAGGAAACAAUAGAAGAGAAUGAUAUUCAUGAUGACGAGCAAGUUGAACAAAUGAUUGAACGAGCAAAGAAUUAUUUUUCUAUUGUAUCGUUGGUUGUUUCACAAAUAACAUUGAGAAUUACCAUUAGACUCAACAAGGGAUUAAAGAGGAUUAUGAAUGUGAGCGACUUUAGAGUCGAUUUGCCUGAAAUUGUUAUUCAUAAUAGGGUCAUGUCGUUUACAGAUUUAACUGACGUGAUGAAAAAACACAUUAUAAAGGCACUCACUAGUCAUAUUGGGAGUCUACUAGUCAAUAAGCUAAAGUCUCGAUCUUCCGACGACAAUGCAGAUUUGGGCCUGUUGAAGCCUGUUAUGCAUUAUAAUAAAUUUACUCCAAUACGGGAGUUGACUAGAGUGGAUUCAGUAACAAAGUGA